AUGGAAGGAUGGUUUCUAGGCGCCAACUACUAUUCGAUCAAAAAGGAGAACAUCAAAACUUGGGUUGCGUGGGCGUUCAUGGACCAGGAUCUGGAAACCCUUGACGAAGAAAAAGUUGAUGAGGUCGAAAAGCUUGUGAGCACGAUAGAGCGCUAUUCUCAUCAUUCAUUUCCACCGGGCAGGAACGAUAACAUCAGAUGCAUACGUCUCAACAUUGAUGCAAUGCAAACCACUCAUCGGCCUUGGAUCUACUACGCAGUCUGCAAAGGCAUCGGGGCUAUUGCUCACAUUUGUGUUCGUGCUCUCGGCUAUUACCAGCGCUCUAUCAGACUUACGGGCACCGCGGGGGACGUGGCCACCUUCUGGUAUCGGCCUGCGACCAGGCCUGCACAUCCAAGUGCCGUGCCGGUCGUAUUUAUUCACGGAAUCGGAAUUGGAUUCUGUCAGUAUCUCGCGAUCCUUGCACAGCUUCCGCGAAACGUGCCAGUGUACCUACUUGAAUGGGCGCACGUUUCCAUGCAGUUGAGUGAAGAAGUUCCCACCAUUGAGCACACAUUGGAGUUGAUAUCGUGCGUGCUGACCCUCGACAGCGUCGCAAGAGCGUGUUUUGUCGCUCACAGCCUGGGGACCGUCGCCGUUUCGUGGAUCAUCCAUUCCUCACAACAUUCUUCGUUGGUGGCGUCAGCGGUGCUUCUCGAUCCCGUCAACCUUCUCCUGUGUGACCCCAAGGUCGCGUUCAACUUCCUCUACCGGACACCUGCCAACUCCCUCGAACUCGCUAUGAAUUAUUUUGUCAGCCGGGAGAUGUACAUCGCAAAUGCACUCAGCAGGCAUUUCCAUUGGAGCAGGAACAUCAUGUUUUACGACGAUCUGCCCAAGUGCGAAAACGGGUUGACCAACGUUGUGAUGUUGUCCGAUUUAGAUAGUAUCGUACCGUCUGAGAGAGUCAAGGCGUAUCUAGAGGCUAGUGCGGCGGCGGAAGGAGGGAAAGGGAAAGUCCCGAUGGAGCUUAUCUACCACACGAACCAACAUCAUGGCCAGAUUCUGAUACGCAUGGAUCGACUGGCGGAAAUUGCGAAGCAUGUCGGGCGCGCAUGCGGCGCUACCGCCGUCGAGACAGAACCUCUACAAUCUGUUUUUGCCGGGUGA